AAAUGGCGGCUGAGCCCACACGGGAAUGGAGCGAUGAGCAGCUCAAAAGUGAUGAUUUGCCCAAAAAAGACAUAAUAAAGUUCCUGCAGGACAAUGCGGCCCACUCGUUCCUCAACGAGCACAAGCUGCUCGGAAACAUCAAAAAUGUUGCCAAAACUGCAAAGAAAGAGCAACUGAUUAUCGCCUACGAUCAGCUCUUCGAGAGCAAAAGGUUUAAAGGCACAGAAGCAGUGGAAGAAGUGACCGAGAAGGUUAAAGCUGUGAAAGUCGAAGAAAAACCCAAAGAAGUCAAGACAGAAGUUGUAGAUGAGGGUCCUCCAAAGUACACCAAAUCAGUGCUGAAGAAAGGCGACAAGACAAACUUCCCAAAGAAGGGCGACACUGUGAGCUGCUGGUACACCGGAACCUUAGAGGAUGGGACUGUCUUUGACACCAAUGUUCCCACAGUGGCGAGAAAGAAGAAACAGGCCAAACCACUCAGCUUCAAAGUCGGCUUGGGCAAAGUCAUCAGAGGAUGGGAUGAGGCCCUACUGACAAUGAGCAAGGGUGAAACUGCUCGAUUGGAGAUUGAACCUGAAUGGGCUUACGGAAAGAAGGGCCUCCCUGAGUCCAAAAUUCCACCCAACGCAAAGCUGAUUUUCGAGGUCGAGCUGGUGUCUGUGGAUUAGCCCAAAGCAUGCACUACAUUUCAAGAAUUCACACCUAAUUAAAGGCCUUGAGGUAGAGAGGGACAUCAGCAUGCGUCUUGGAUUGCAAUAUUCCUGGGAUGCCUGUGCUUUAGCAUAGUAUUACACAUAUACCAAUUGGAUUUAAAAAAAAAAAAAAGUAGUUUGAUUUGGACAAAGUGGAAUGGCUUGUUAAUAAUGUACAUACAAGAGACUGUGAUGUUAUCUUUUUGUUCUUUUGCAUGUACAAUGUCAGAAAUAAAUCAUUUUCCCCAAAUUUGUUCAUUUCAGUUAACCGGUCACUGUACAGAUUACACCUGUCUACAUCGUGUUCUUUAGCCUGAAGUCAAUUGUAUUAAGAGAACUAGUUCGUGUGGUGUACGAAGUACUAAGACCUCCCAGUAUAGUUUUAUGCCAACUACUAAUUGUUGUUCCUGGAAGAUUUUAAUAAGUUGUAAAUACAAGACUUUGUGUCGCACCCAUAAGGUGCAAGACCAUUCUAAAUAUGCAAACUAAGGUAUUCCAUGUACAGUGAUGCACGUCUUUAGAGUCUAAGCAUCCAGUGUCUGCACACAAACUGAACAGGAGCAGCUAAUGAAGUUUAGCUUCAAAGCUAAAUUUGCCAAUUUUAG